AGUAGCAGCGACGGCGGCAGUGGUGGUGGCGGCGGAGGGGGCGAAAUGGCGGCCACGGUGCUGGCGGCGCCGGAGGGCGGUUCCGCCGUGAUGCAGGCGGGAAACGCGGCGGCUUGUACUCCGCCACCAGGUCCCUCGGGUCCCGGUUCGUGGAACCGCUCCUUGGACCGAGCCUUAGAAGAAGCGGCGGCCAGCGGUACCCUCAGUCUGAGCGGCAGGAAGCUCCGUGACUACCCGCGGGCCAGCGCCGCCAACCACGACCUCAGCGACACCACCCAGGCUGAUUUGUCACGGAACAGACUGUCAGAGCUUCCAGCAGAAGCAUGUCACUUUGUCUCCCUCGAGAGUCUCAAUUUGUACCAGAACUGCAUUCGAUACAUCCCAGAGGCUAUUUUGAACUUACAGUCUUUAACAUUUCUAAAUAUCAGUCGAAACCAGCUUUCCACAUUGCCAGUACACCUCUGUAGUCUACCGCUAAAAGUCUUGAUAGCAAGUAAUAAUAAGUUGGUUUCAAUACCUGAAGAAAUUGGACAGCUCAGACAGCUGACAGAGCUUGAUGUGAGCUGUAAUGAAAUACAGACAAUACCUCCACAGAUUGGAAAUCUGGAAUCCUUGCGGGACCUAAAUGUCAGAAGAAAUAAUUUGGUGCGUUUACCUGAAGAGCUUGCUGAGUUGCCUUUGAUCCGAUUAGAUUUCUCCUGCAAUAAGAUAACAACAAUACCAGUUUGUUAUAGGAACCUCAGACAUCUGCAGACCAUCAUGUUGGAGAACAAUCCUCUCCAGUCACCCCCUGCACAGAUAUGUAUAAAAGGAAAAAUCCACAUAUUUAAAUACCUGAACAUAGAAGCAUGCAAGAUAGCUCCAGACUUGCCUGAUUAUGAUAGGAGACCCAUGGGAUUUGGAUCUUGCCAUGAGGAACUCUAUUCCGGUCGUCCAUAUGGAGCACUUGAUUCUGGCUUCAAUAGUGUGGACAGCGGAGACAAAAGAUGGUCAGGGAAUGAACCAACAGAUGAAUUCUCGGAUCUCCCUUUGCGUGUGGCAGAGAUCACUAAAGAACAGAGGCUGCGAAGAGAAAGUCAGUAUCAAGAAAACCGAGGCAGCACAGUUGUCACUAAUGGUGGAGUGGAGCAUGAUCUCGAUCAGAUCGAUUAUAUUGACAGCUGUGCCACAGAAGAGGAGGAGGAAGAGGUGAGGCAACCCAAGUGCAUGGACUCAGACAGCCUCAGCUCACAAUUCAUGGCAUAUAUUGACCAGCGGCGAAUCUCUAAUGAGGGCUCACCAGUAAAGCCUGUAUCCAUCAGAGAAUUUCAGAGAACAGAGGAUACAAGACGAUACUUACAUCAAAACAGACCCCCAGCUGAUUCAUCUUACUUUCUAUCAAGUCACCACAGUCAGGUGCCUAACACAGAUCCUGAGCUGCACCGCAGGCACAUAGAGCAUACCCGUCGGGAGGCUCAGCUAGCGGCGCUUCAGUAUGAGGAGGAGAGGAUGAGAACAAAACAGAUUCAGAGAGAAGCUGUCCUUGACUUUGUUAAGCAAAAGGCAUCCUUAAGUCCUCAGAAGCAAAGUCCCCUGGACAGUGAGUGUCCUUUUCCAUCCAGAAGGUCUCAGCAUACUGAUGAUAGUGCCUUGUUAGUGAAUGGCUUUGAGCCUUUCUUUGUGUUUGAGAUUGACAGUAACACCAAUACCAUUAAAAGAAGGCCAGGGACUCGCAAACAGUCACUUUCAGGGUUGAAUCAAGAAAGCCAUGCUACUACUCUGCCUAAUGCCUCUACCUUCAGUCCUGUCAAGAGUGAUGACAGAUCUACCAUCUCCCCUGGCUCACCUACCACUCAGACAGUCCACCUUUCCCCUCCAUAUCCUGGCCAUGCAGUCCCGCCUUCCUAUAGAAACCCUGCCCUGCGACCAGAGAGUUUCCUUUACCAAGCAGCUGUCAGGGAUGAAGCAAAGAAAGGUGUUGUUUCAUCUUCUACCUGUACCUUGUCUCCUGCUAAUGAUGCUGCAGACCCUAGAGUAAGACAGAACUCCAAACAGCGAGAGGAGGAGCUGGAGCUAAUUGAGCAGCUACGCAAGAAUAUAGAAUCACGGUUGAAAGUGUCAUUACCCAGUGAUCUUGGAGCAGCUCUCACUGAUGGUGUUGUUCUGUGCCAUUUAGCUAAUCACGUGCGUCCUCGAUCUGUUCCCAGCAUUCACGUCCCCUCACCUGCUGUUCCUAAACUUACAAUGGCAAAAUGCAGACGAAACGUGGAGAAUUUCUUGGAAGCUUGCAGGAGGAUUGGAGUGCCUCAGGACAAUCUUUGUUCCCCUUCUGACAUUCUUCAGCUAAACCUCAGCGUUAAAAGAACAGUUGAGACUCUUCUUUCCCUGGGGACAGAUUCAGAAGAAUCCAGUCUUGUCUCCCUUUCCAUUCAGCUCUGGGGCUUUGUGGUGUUUUACUGUACUCUAAUGCUAACGCUCUGUAUGUUCUAUCGCUGGGUCUUUUUUCUCUAGCUGAAGGAUAGUGUUGCCGCUUCCUCCCUCUGUCCCUCCAGUGCUUGGGAAAGGAUUUGAGGUUUUGUCAAGACUGUGUGUAUGAAGUGCUUUACUUCCCACUGAUGGGACAGAGGUGACAAGUAUAAUGUGUGAACACAUUGGUGCACCCACACGACCGUCUGUGACAUAAUCCACAUUUGUAUUUCCUGUGUCAUAUUUAGCAGGUGACAAGGGAGGAAGUGCUGUCUGGGAGCUAGAGUGAGGCACAGAGGUUAGGACGUGUGGGUGCAUGCUAUAGUCUGCCAACAGGUGAUGUAGUACUUGGAAAACGGUGUUGUCAGUUUGUGCCUCAGUUUUCCCACCUGUAUAAUGGAAAUUGCACCCACCCUGGUAAAUUGCUUGAGAAUUUAUCUGAUGAAAAAUGUUGAAGAAGGCAAAGUUGUUUUUUUUUUCCAACAUCAGUGUUCUUGAUGAGAUCUCACAGUCUUAAGGAGGCAUGGUCUGGUAAGUUUUAUCCACAGGACCUUGUAGCUGAUUUUUCUUUUUCCUUAUCCUUAUGCUGCUUCUGAGAGCAUGUGAUUUCUUGUAUUUGUAGACUGGUGUAUUACUCUGAGUCAGGAUUUGCACAGUAACUGUCAGUGAAUCCUGAGCUACGUGAGCUUUGUAACAGAUCAAGGAGGAAAUUUUCAGAGAAAUUGCACUCUUUAACAACUUUGAAAUAAUUUUUUUUCUGUCACAGAAGGAAAAAUCCCUUAAAAUUCUGUUGCAUGCCACAGAAUGCUGUAGCAUUUUACUGUGCUCCAGAUAAAACUUCACAAAAACUUCUUGAGUUUCCACUUAACUGUGGGCAGCCCAACCCAUGCUUGUUCCAUGCAUCUUCCUCCCAUCCUAUAAUUUUCAGAAACCUUGUAUCAUCCAGUUGCAGAAAUGCAAGUCCCAGUUGCACAAUGACUCUUCACUGUUAUACAAAACUCAGGUAGUCUUCCAUAAUGCUUCAAAGCUUUUCCCUCCCCAGGAAAAGCAUCCUGGUGCUUUAAUGCUUUAAUGUCUCAGGGACACCUCAGAACUUCAGGGCACUCCCCAUGUGAUGUGUAAAAGACCAUGUCUCCUCAGAGUGUAGAUUGAUUCAGGGAACUCUGUUCAGAGACCAGUGACAGGUAAGUGUUAAAGAAAAUGGCUUAAUGACAAAUGUGUUUUCAAUAUAUUUCUGUUACAUCUGAAAAUACAGGAAAUGGCUUGUAAGCCCAGUGUAAGUGGUGUUAGCAUUCCGGUGUUAACCUGGCAACAGCUCUGAAGCACAGUUUAAGAUACACAGGAGUUCAGUUGCACUUGUAGUUGCUACCAGUAAAAAUGUGUUAUGUGUACAUGGAUCUCGCAAGCCCUUGUAACACAGAGCGAGUGCUUAACAAAGUGCACUAGUGCAACUAGAGGAGUCUGUGCCCUCUUUCCAAAUCACACAAAGUGUUCUGUCCAAGCAAAGCAUUUCUGAGCAAAGAGGGGAAUUCUGACAGGGGGAAAUUGUUUUAUUUUUAAAUGAGCUAUUUUUGCACUGCUUACUGGUAUAAACUAAAAUGAACUCAGUUCCUAUGUCCUUUAACUUUUUCUAAUGAACACUGUGAUAAAAGCUGCAAGGGUUUUUUUUACACUAACAGUGCCUUCCAACAAAUGUUGCUUGUCACGACUGACUGUGAUAUGGAUUCAUUCCAAAGCUUAUCCUCUUAUCUGCUUGCAUAUAGAAGAAAAAAGGCAUGUUUGCUCAAGUUUACAGGUUAUUUUCACGAAAAGCACACUCUUUUCAAAACAGCACAGAUUUGCUGGAAGAAAAAUGUAUUUCAGCCUGGUCAUAUGGUUUACUGUGAGAAUUUCAGCCUGGUUUUGUUUGUUCUCUCUCCACCCUGAGCUUUGCGGGAGGAGUGCUGGCUGCUGCUGUUUAUGCUGAAGGAUUUCUUUAACAUCCUAAAUCAGUAAAGGGUCAAAAAGUGGAGGAAGGCAGGUUGCUGUGGAAAUAACACGUGAAAUGUAGUUCUGUAGGAAGGACACACUUUGGUUAUUUUCUACAAAUACAGGACAUGUAUCCUGACUGUUGCGGAGUGAGGAUGGCCAGGAUGUGCCAAGGACUGAUGUAGGAUGAGACUUUAAAUACGUCUUAGGCUGAGAACAGCACAAUUAUUAAUAAACACUUUUAAACCUCUCUUGCAUUUUGCGUAUUACUCUUAUUCCUCAGGAUGACUUUGGAGGUAACCUGCUAGGCGGGUGUACUUCUGGGAGGUUGAUAAGUGGUAGUGGCUCAUUCUCUGCUUUAAAGCAUGUCUCUCCUCACGUUUGAUAGCUAAACAGGAGGACUUCCUCAAAAAGGCAGUGUUGCUCUGGAAAGGAAGCCAUGGUUCCUUUCCUGCUCCAUGUGGUGGUGGGUUCAUCACACUGAGGGAAAGCUGUCUCCCUUCUUUUGGGAGAAGUUCAUCUUUUGGUUUCAUAAGCUGCUGCCGUUUCAGUGUGGGCAGAGACAGAGCAAUCUGCUGUUCCCCGCACCUCCCACAGUCCUCUUCAGGUUCUCAUUUGUACAGUUUUCUGAUAAAUGAAGACAAGGAUUAGCCCGAGGCCACCUUCGUUGAGAGUCGAGUUCGUGGUUCUUUAGCCACAAGCAGGAGUUUCAUGUCGUACCUGUGUGUGUGUGUGCUGGCUAUCCAUAACAUUUCAUAUUUCAGUCACCUUUUGCUUGAUUUUUUUUUUUUUUUUCUUUUCAGUUGAGUGUUUUUCAUCCAUUUUGUUUUUGUCUUUGUUUUGUUCCCCAUUCAGGAGCAAUUAUGUUUGCCUCUACAUAUUUUAGAAGAGAAGGGUUUGACACAGGUAGCUGUGACUGUCCAGGCGCUCCUGGAGCUGGCACCCCCAAAGCAGCAGCAACUUCACCACUUGUCUGCUGUGUAAAGACCUCCAGGACCUUUGGGGUUACCUUGGCUAAGCAGAAGGACGUGAAGACUUUACUGCCCAUGCAGUGCAUCCAAACACACAGAGCUCUGUUCUAAGGAAACGAGUUUCCGUGAUUCCUGACAGGAAUGUUUUACUUCAUUUCUCCAUUUUUUUUGGAGAUCACAACAGUUUCCAAUAACAUUUUUAUUAUCAGUAUUUUGCCCCUUAUUUAAAGAAAACAGAGUUCAUUGGGAGGAGGGUAGGGAAUUCCUUGCUGACAUGGGUGUAGCUUGGAAUGAGAUUCCUAGGGGAAUUCAUUGUUAAAAAAGGAUGUUGCUGCAGUGGGCACAUGGGGAAAUUUCUUUCCUUCCUCACAGGGUUCAAAGAAGGGGAAUUUCUUUGCUUCCAAAGAACAGCUAUUUCUAUUAUAUAUACUAAAAAAUUGCAACACACAAUCUUACCUGCAGUGUUUGAUGACAGGGUCGAACCUCCUGCUGCUGUAACUUGCGUUGGCAUGUCCUCAUCACUUAAAAUUUGAAGACAAAAAAAAAACUGAUGAAUUUUUUUUUCUCAAGGGUUGAGAAAUACUGCGUGUUUUCUCUGCAGGAAAGCGCCGUUGUCAAAGAUACUAAAUCAGAACUGUUCAAAUUGUGUUAAUCACAUCAGCAUUCUUGCUGGGUUCACUUUCUGUUUGGGCUUUUAACAUGUCUUUAUCUGACGAUUUUCCCAACACCAGUGGAGAGAGAUCACAUCUGUUUCCUCACCUGCCCCUCUGGUCAAGUAGGGAUGCGUUUGGUUACUCGGUGGUUUUGUUGAACGGUGACUAGAUGUCAUCAGGAGCCACGUCUCUGUUUUCACUGCAGUGCAAAGAAUCACAGCCUGCUGUGUUAAUAAUCCUUGGCAACCCUUUAUCAAAUGGUUUAUUAGGGGCGGGAGCAUCCCCUGCAGCCAUGCCAGCACUGGUGAGUGUCCCAGCCACUGAGAAAUUCACCAUUUUAAGAACACAGUUACUGAAUUUCCACAGUGGGCUGCGUAUUGUCAAAACAGUGUCUGUUACAAAAGGUAGCUUCUCUUUGGGGGUUCAACAGGGCUUUAAAUAAGCCUUUUAUCGGUGAGAGUUUAUGUAGAGAGCCGCACUGGUUUUACAGAGCUACCAUUACUUCUUUCCUUUUUCCUUAAUAUGAAAAUGGAAAUUCAAUAUACAGGAAUGGGAGAGGUACCCAACAGGUUUCACAUUUUUCUGGACAGAUGAUCCUGGCAAAAUAAAGACUAGCUCCAUGUGCUCUGGUCCUAGUGCCGAGGCCAAGCUCACAACCACAUCACCUACAGUAUUUUCUCCCCCCCACCCCCAAAAAAGACCUUGCAAAAUCUAGUUCUCUCCCGUGCACUUCCUUUGGUUGGCUUUGGCCCAUUUAAAGCAUCCCAGAAUGUUACGCUACUAAUAAAUACAUGGUGCAUGGGGUCUGAAACCAACCUCAGGCGCUGGAGGUAUUCCAUCUGGGAAUAUAUUUGAAGCAGAAUACACCAGAAGGAUUUCAUAGGGAUAAUAACAGAAGAAAUGGGAGCAGGCUGGCUAACAGGCAUUCUUGUGGAAGUAAACCUCCCAUGGGAGCACUGCUAAGGACUGGGCUUAGCUGAAUUUUCCCCCUUUUGAUUUGCAGUUUUGUUUCCACUCCAUUUUGCUUCAUGUAUUUCUUUCAAGGUCCAUUGUGGUGAGUGUUGAAUCCCUUAUUUCACAUAAUUAUUCCAGUUGCUCCUUACUGGCAUCUGUAGAUGGCUGAUCACAUUGUGAGUGGAGAAGAACACCUGAAGGGUAUUUCAAACUGCGCAGCUGGAGAGAAACCUUUUCACACUGGGUCUGUGCACUGCCCUGAGCCUGGCAGGAAAUGAAAAUGCCAUGUGUAGGAAGAGAGCAGCCCACACAGACACUUUCCUCCUCAGUUAGAUCUUGUAUUUCACUUCAUGUCGCUUGCAAGGAGUGCUGGUAAUUCUCACAUGAUUACGUCAAAGUGUCUGAAGUCUCUGCUGUGGUUUGUUGGGUGGAAGGUUCUGCCACUCACAAGCAAACAGUACGGACCACAAACGUUCUCUGUGUGUUUGUCGCUGCGCAGAAUUUAAAAGAGGAGGGUACUGACUUCAUCAGUUUCCAUCAUCAGGUCACUUGUGUUGUUACAGGGCUGAGUCGCUUUUAUUAGCACACCCUUUGUGGGCUAGUUAAACACUCCUGUUUUAAGAAAACCCUUCCCUUCAUGGAAUGGUGGGUGUGCUCUUUGCUCCGGUCCAGCUUCCAGCACUUAGGGGAGGUGAAACCUAACAGUGUUCAGGUUGGUGGAAGUUUGGCGUUUCAUUAAUACUAGUUUUUAGGAGUUAACGGGGUGGGGGGGUUGAGUCUGGACAGCAAGAAAAGGCCGUUUCCCCUUGUGCCUGGUGAAGGCAGCUCCUCUUCUGUCCAAGCAGCGUGUGUGCGGCAGCAGAGCUUGGGUAAGGAGCAGCAGUGGCCUGGCUGGGCAGGGGCUACCUCCACCAUCACUCGCUCUGUGCUAAACCCUGGUUCCCUCUGGCAGUUUCAGUGUAUGUGAUAUAUCAGUUUGGCAGUAGCAAUCCUGUGUGUUCAUCCUGGCAAAGACUAAAUCUUGACCAGAUGUUUAGGAACAAAAUCCAAACCUGAAAUUUCAUCGUACAGUUAAUUUAAUGUAUUAUACCAAACCCAACUUCAGUUCUUGUUUGCAAAAUGGGUGCUGAUUUUUUGGUGUGUUUCUGUGCAAUUUUUGUCAUAUCCCUUGAAAAGAAUAUUUUAAAGAGAACGUGCAUAAAAUCCUGUUUCGUGUGACAAAGCAAAGAGGCGAUUGUCUUUCUCUGGGGCAUUUGUGUUCAGGAGUAAUCCACCUGAGUGUGUCAUGCUUGCCGGUGUUUACACACUGGUUCCCCUGUGCCACUUGUCCUUCCUUGAGCCAUGUCAAGUGCUGGGCAGCGUUUGAUGCUCAGCAGGGUUACAUGCUUGAGGUGGAGCGGUGCAGGCACACGGGAGCCCUGGCAGCAAAACCCCCCAGGGUUUAGGUCUCCCCUGCUGAAGGGGAGGUGUUUGUAAUGGCCCCAGCACAGCAGCCUGCUUAAAAUGAAUCUGAGACAGCUUCUUACAACGCCAAGGACACCUCUUGUUCUUGGUUGUGACACAACGGCAAAUGGUAUUUUUAUCCUUUUAUGCCUAUAAAUAGUUAUUUGAAAAAAUGUUUUAGGAACAGAGGACUUCUAAGGUGAAUUUGGACAUUAAAAAAUGCUUUUGUAUAGAUAUUGUGAUGUUUUACAAAGUGAUCUAAUUUUGUUAUUUCUGAAAACAGUGUAAACGUGUAAUUAAUAGAGUAAAGGAUUUUAAAGCUCCAUCCCAUGCUGUAUGUCUGUAAAUACAUUCCAUAAUUUCUAAGUCUGUUACACAUAAAUGUGUCUGAGUAUUGUACAUUUUACAUUGCCUGUAUUCUGCCAGUAGUGUGAACUUCUAGCACACCUGUAAUAUAAAAGGAAACCAUGGGUAAUUUGAAAUAAAGUUUUCAAACUUACAUAAGUUAC